CUCACAGCUUCUGGGUAGCAAGUUCUGUACAACACAAGAACACAAAAUGAAAUUGUUCAUCGUCUUAGCCGCUGUUGCUUUGGCUCAGGCCGCCAAAUUGGACAGGACUUACCUCCCACCAAACGCGGAAGCCUCUGCAGGAUCUGCGUUCCUCCAAACUCCUCGUCAGUCUAACGGAUUCCAAGGACAAACUGGUGCCUUCUCAUCCAACUCCAACGCCCAGAGUGGAGCUUACUCAGGCUUGGAAGCCCGUCCCGUAGAGCGCGCUCAGGCUGCCUUCGAGAGGAACGCUGCUAUCCUUCGUCAGGACAACUCUAAUGAUGGAGAGACUUACGCGUAUGCUUAUGAGACUGAGAACGGUAUCUCCGCCGAGGAAAACGGAGUGGCGACCAACGGAGUGCAGGCUCAGGGCGGAUACUCCUACACUGGGGAUGAUGGCAAGGUCUACUCUGUGAGGUACACCGCUGAUGAGAACGGUUUCCAACCUCAAGGUGACCAUCUCCCCACUCCUCACCCCAUCCCAGAAGAGAUUCUGAAGGCUCUGGAACAGAACGCUCGCGAUGAAGCUGCUGGCAUCUUUGACGAUGGAUCCUACAGCGAAGCCAAAUACGACAGCAGCGCUCGUAGUGAUGCUGCUGCUGGAGUCCAGAAAGCGUACCUCCCCCCCUUCGCGCAGAAGGCUGGAGCGAGACAAUCCUCCUUCGACGCUAGAGCCGGCUACCGUUACUAGAGACUGGUGUAAAUUAUUGUACAUAUCGGAUCG